UCACCAUGGCCUCAAAUUCCAUGUUAUUAUCUUCUUUUUUCUUCUUCUUCUUCCCUUUAAUAGUAUAUACCAGUGAUGUUACAAGUAACGGUAAUAGUAACAGCACUGGCAUAGCAUUGUGGUGCAGCACCACGCCGCAUCCAAGCCCAUGCAACUACUUCAUGGGCCGGGACCCGGCCAGGUUCAACCCCAAUUCACGGGAGGAUUUCAGGACAAUGACAAUCAUGGCCGCCCUAGAGAGGGCUGCCGACGUCCAGUCCCUGGCAAGCAAGAUGCGCUGCACGAGUAAGCGAAGGACAAUAGUCUACCGCGACUGCAACAAUCUAAUCGAGAACACAGUCGACCAACUAAACACAACGUUACAGAGCAUCCAGACCAACGCUAGCUUCACCGACUUCGACGCGCAGACGUGGCUGAGCACCGCCCUGACCAACAUCGAGAUCUGCCGCCGGAGCUCCAACGACCUCAACGUGACCAAGUUCAACUCGCCAAUCCUCUCAGGAAACGUCUCCGAGCUCAUCAGCAACAGCCUCGCCACCAACAACGCGCUGCUCGACACCAACUCGAGCACGGCCCACCGCGGCGGGUUCCCGGCGUGGGUGACGAGGCGGGAGAGAAAGAUGCUGCAGGAUUUGCAGCUGGCGACGAGGGCGAACGUGGUCGUGGCUCAGGACGGAACGGGGCAGUUCAAGUCGAUCCAGGCGGGGAUAAACUACGCGACGUCGAGGCGCGUGGGGAAUGGGAGAGUGGUGGUGUAUGUGAAGAGAGGGGUUUACAGAGAGAAUAUUCUGAUAAGCAGGACGAUGAAUAAGGUGAUGCUGGUUGGAGAUGGCCUCAGAUACACCGUCAUCACCGGCAGCCGGAGCGUCUCUGCCGGCUUCACUACUUACAGUUCUGCAACCGUCGGAAUCGAUGGCAUCGGAUUCAUAGCCCGGGGCAUCACCUUCCGCAACACGGCGGGCCCACAGAGAGGGCAGGCGGUGGCACUCCGGUCGGCCUCGGAUUUGUCGGUGUUCUACGCGUGCGGGUUCGAGGGGUAUCAGGACACUCUCUUCGUCCACGCGCAGCGACAAUUCUACAAAUCGUGCUACAUCUACGGCACCAUCGAUUUCAUCUUCGGCAACGCGGCCGUAGUCUUCCAGAAUUGCAUCAUCUACGUGCGAAAGCCGCUGUGGGGCCAGGCGAACGUGGUGACCGCGCAGGGCCGGGGCGACCCGUUCCAGAACACUGGCAUAUCCAUCCACAACUCGCGGAUCAUGCCCGCGCCUGAUCUCAAACCCGUGGUGGGCUCGUUCAAGACCUAUCUGGGCCGGCCGUGGCAGCAGUAUUCCCGCACCGUCAUCAUGAAGAGCUUCAUCGACGGCUUCGUGGUGCCGGAGGGCUGGUCGAGGUGGGAGGAUUCCGAUUUCGCACUCUCGACUUUGUAUUACGGGGAGUAUAAGAAUUUCGGGCCGGGCGGGUCCACGAGGAAGCGGGUCAAGUGGCCCGGUUACCAUAUCAUUACGGGUACGAAUGUGGCGUCGCGGUUCACGGUUGGGAGCCUCAUAGCGGGUCGGGCGUGGUUGCCGUCUACUGGCGUACCGUUUACGGCCGGGUUGUGAUUCAUUAUAUAUGCACGUUGUGCCUUAUCAUUGUGGACAUUAUU